CGCAAACGAAAGGGCGUUGCUUUGAUAGCGAGAGGUACCAUCUCCAUCCGGUCACCGUCCUAGUGGAAGACCGUGAAAGACCUAAAGAGUUGUUUCUGCCAGCGCACGGGAUUUCUAUAAGACUCUUCUCCUCUCCCUCUGCUUUGUUUUUUGGCCUGGAUAACAACUUGCUUGAUCUCGACAUUUCUGCUUCUGCCGUCUGACAAUACCAACCAAGUCAAGGGCUGGGACUUGAUUUAGGUGGAGGCAUUCAUUCGUCUAAGCAAUCUGGUGAUGAGUUGUUUAUUUUCAUUUUGCAAAGGGAAGGGAGUUUCAAGAGCUAGACAAACUCUAGAAGCUGAUGAUGAGGUUUCGGGGUCACAGAACAUUUGCUGUUACACUCAUAGGGAAUUGCAAAUGGCAACUGACAACUUUAAUUCAGCCAAUAAAGUUGGAGAGGGAGGUUUCGGUUCCGUCUACAAGGGAAUACUUAAAGAUGGCUCCGUGGCUGCCAUAAAGGUACUGUCAGCUGAAUCAAGGCAAGGUUUACGGGAGUUCUUAACAGAAAUAAAAGUGAUAGCAGAUAUAGAGCACAAUAACCUGGUUAAAUUGUAUGGUUAUUGUGCAGAUGGAAACCAUAGAAUUUUGGUCUAUGGCUACCUUGAGAAUAACAGCCUUGCACAAACACUUCUCGGUGGAGGCCAUAGCAGUAUCAAAUUCAGUUGGUCUACAAGGCGCAAAAUAUGCGUUGGAAUUGCACGAGGGCUUGCAUUCCUUCACGAGGAAGUCCAGCCACAUAUUGUUCAUAGGGAUAUUAAAGCAAGUAACAUUCUCCUUGAUAGUGAACUCGAGCCCAAAAUAUCAGACUUUGGUCUUGCAAAAUUUUUCCCAUCCCACCUGACUCAUAUAAGCACACGAGUUGCUGGAACUACCGGAUAUCUGGCUCCAGAAUAUGCAAUUCGAGGUCAGCUGACAAGGAAAGCUGAUAUUUACAGUUUCGGUAUUCUAUUGCUGGAAAUUGUUAGUGGGAGGUCCAACACAAAUUGGCCGUUACCCACAGAAGAGCAAUACCUGCUUAAAAGGGUAUGGGUAUCUUAUGAGAAAGGGGACCUGGUUAACUUGGUGGACACAUCGUUGGGAAGGGAUUAUGAUGCUGAAGAGGCUUGCAAGUACCUGAAGAUAGGACUUCUUUGCACCCAGGAAGUGUCAAAGCUGCGUCCCUUGAUGUCUACUGUUGUCUCGAUGUUAAUGGGUGAGAUGGAUGUGAAAGACAAGAUAUCAAGGCCUGGCUUGCUGUCUGAAUUCAGGAGUCUCAAAGGUGACAAAAAGCAGAAAGACAGAGACCAGAAUGGCAAGUGGGAAACGAAGAAAUCAUCUCCAAAUUCAAGCAAGCUCGAAGAUCCAUCUUCAUCAUCAGGAAAGGUCACUUCAUAUGCUUCCAUGACCUUCAACUCAAUAUAUGACCGGAGCAAUUAACAGCAUUGUCCAAGUUUUGUUUUUGGAGCAAAUGUAAGUGCAUACUUUACCUUCAAAAGCAGGGUUUUUGCCAAGUAUU